GCGGGAUCAGAAGCCUCCCAGCUCCACCAUGAGGUGCUAGUGGACGAUUCUGAUGGGCUCAGCCUAACAACGAAGAGACAGCUGAGUUUUAUAAGAAGAUAGUCUUCAACGGUUCGUACUAGACAAACGGAACAACAUUCAAGUGACCAUUGGGAAAUCGUGUGGACAACCUCCGUCAAGACCAGCCAUGCUUUUUCUGACGCUGGCACUGUUGGCGGUAGCUUCGCUGGCCGCCUGCGAGACCGGCGACUCCUACCAGGUGGUUUGGAACGUACCCUCCCACACGUGCGCCAGGUACAACGUGACCAUCGACCCGGCGCAGUACGGCUUCAUAGUCAACUCGGACGGCGCGUUCCGGGGGGACCGAAUCGUUAUCUUCUUCUACAACCCCGGCCUGUACCCUCAGAUCCUCUCCAACGGCACCCGGGUGAACGGCGGGCUUCCGCAGCUGGGCGACCUGCGACUUCACCUGGACGCCUUCGCUGCCGAUGUGGACCGCUUCAUCCCAGACGUCAACUUCAGUGGUUUGGCCGUGAUCGACUUCGAAGAGUGGACGCCGUGGUUCACCGAGUCUCCUAUUAAGUACCGGCUCGCGUCACGCGAGGUGGUGCGAGAAGAACACCCCGACUGGCCAGAAGACAGAAACAAAGAGCAGGCCCGAGAAGACUGGGAGUGGUGGGCGCGUCUCUUCAUCGAGCAGACCCUCAAGGCGGCGGAGAGGGCGCGUCCAGCCGCGCUCUGGGGGUAUUAUCAGUAUCCCCUGUGCAAGAACCUUGAUACUGUGAACAACACGUGUAAAGAAAACGUCAUGGAACGCAACGACCAGAUGUCAUGGCUGCUGGGAGGAAGCAAUGCGCUGUAUCCUUCCAUUUACCUCUUCCUAAACAACCUGACCAACGAUAACCGUCUAACGAUGGUGGACGAGCGGCUCGCCGAGGCGCAGCGCCACGCCGAGGGUCUUCCAGUUCUUCCGUACACAUGGUUCAAGUACAAAGACGACGAGAGCUACCUCUCCGACGAAGACCUCACCACGAUGCUCGGCGAGCCGGCCGUACAUGGCUCGCCCGGUUCAAUCAUGUGGGGCUCGUCCGCCAACUGUAAUACAACCGCCCAGUGCGUACGUCUGGAGGAGUACCUGCGCGACCAUCUCGGGCCAAUAGUACAGACCCUGGUGGAGAUGACCCCUGCCGAGCGAGAUGCCUGGCGGCAGCUGUUGAAGCAGCCGGAGGGAAGACAGCUGCUGCAUCUCGCCAUCAAGCAGCGUUCUCAAGAGCGCACCGACUCGCAGAAAAAGAAGGGCGUGUCGCUGGUAACCGAGAUGGAGCUGUUGAAGGGAGCAGCAGACGCGCCCUCCCGCGGCACAGGCGAUGAGGUGAACCAUUCCAUUGGCGAAGAGAAAGAGCCCCACGAAGGCGUCAGAGCGAGCAAGUGGAGCAGCCAGCAACUGCAGAAGAUGCGCGAAUGGCAGGCCUCGUUGGAUCAACAGUUGUGGGAGAUCAAGCGAACCGAGGAACCUUAGUAACACAGCACUAGGUACCUAUUAAACGGUAGGCGCGGUGUGAUGUGAUGUAAUAUGUGAUGUAAUGUAGCCCACUAAUGAAAUCAAUACAUGUAUGUGUAUAGAAC